AGGUGUGCAAAUCUGUUAUUCUUGACGCAGCCGUCGGAGAGGAAUACGGCGUACUCCUUGUGUGGUGCAGUCAAAUAGAAAGAUGAUCCUCCGGGCGAUUGUCAUUACUGUAUUUUGUUUGGUGAUCAAUCUAAACAGCUUUGGCGACUCGAAGAUUGCACCGGACUACAUCCAUCCAUGCGACACGGUUGAUCCAAAAUGCCUCACCAAAGCGACGAACGACGCUAUCCCUGACUUCGUGCAGGGCAUCCCUGAGCUAGGGCUUGAGGUUCUGGACCCUUUCGUGACCGAGAAGCUGUCGAUACCGCUGCAAGGGUUGACGGUGACCUUCCACCAGGGCGCAGUAUCUGGCUUUAGGACUUGCAUUGCUGAUAAUGUCGUGUCAAUUCUGGAGAAGAGGAAGUUCAUAUUCGAGUUCCACUGCAACAUCACUGUGAAAGGCCGGUAUGAGGCUAAGGGCAAGCUGUUGCUCUUUCCUAUUGACGGCGCUGGAGAUGCCAAGAUAGAAUUGACAAAUCUCCGUAUGAAAUUGGACAUAAACACGAAAUAUAUUAAGGACAACAAAGGGCAAGUUUUCUUCGGCAUCAGAAACUACAAAUACAAUUUCGAGUACGGCGACAAAGUCACAUUUGAUUUGCAAAACCUGUUUAAGGAGAGCAAAGAAUUGAGUAACACAGUGUUGACCUUCUUGAACGAGAAUUGGAAGACCGUAGCAGAGGAAUUCGGCAAACCCAUCAUGGACUACGCUGUAGAACUCGCUCUCAAGACCAUCAUCAAGUUCUUCCAUGCCGUGCCAAUCAGUGAACUAGUAAUCGUGCCAUUGCCUAACCCACUGCCUGGCGUAAAUUAAGCUAUAAUAUAGGAAAGAAUAUGCUCAAUAAAUAGUAUUAUAUUUUUGUA